AUGGCUUCGCAGAACAUGCCGCCAGUCUUACCUCACUCGCUGUUGGCUUUGAUAGCCAAGAAUGUUUCGGACAGACCGGACUUCUACCAGACCGCAAUUUUGCCGCUUGCGCUGCUCACAGGAGUUUUGGGCUUUUCCGCCUUCCCCAGCUCUGCAGCGUGGCCCAACGGCUUCCCGCGCUUCGUGGCAGUCUACCUCAGCGCCUGGACGCUUUGCGUGGCUUCGGAUUGGCUGCAAGGACCUUACGUCUAUGCGCUCUACGAGGCCUAUGGCUUCAGCCCUCACCAGAUUGCGCAGCUCUUUCUGGCUGGUUUUGGGGCUGCGAUGUUCUGCAGCAGCUUCGUUGGCGGACUGGCCGAUCGCUAUGGCCGCAAGCGUGGCUGCAUUGCAUACUGCUUGCUGUGCAUUGUGUCCUGCGCUACGAAGCACUGGAAGAGCUACUCGAUCCUCAUGGUGGGGCGAAUCACUGGAGGGUUCGCUCAGUCUUUGCUUUUUUCCUGCUUCGAGUGCUGGAUGGUCUCUGAGCACACCGUGCGCAACCAGUUUUGUUCCAGUCUACUUCCCAGCAUGUUCGGAAUGAAGUUCAGCCUCAUGUAUCUGGUGGCGGUAAUCUCGGGCUUCAUUGCGCAGUGUGGCGCGGACUCAUCGAGCUUUGCGCCGGUGCGCGAGAAUUCGUUGUUGCAUGUUGGGGGCAAUCUGGUUCCUUUUGACAUGGCCGCCUGUGUGCUGGUGGUCGCCUUGGCGAUAAUAACCAUUUUCUGGGAGGAGAACUUCGGACAUGCAGCACAAGCUGAAGGGAUGCACUUCUGGGAGGGCCUCACCAGCAUUUGCCACAGCAAGCCGCUUCUCAAACUUGGCUUGGCGACUGCCUGUUUCGAAAGUGCAAUGUAUUCCUUCGUGUUCAAUUGGACGCCAGCCUUGGAGUCCGCAGAUGAAAUACCUCCCCAUGGUGUCGCUUUCGCACUGAUGAUGAUGGCUUGUAUGUGUGGUGCCUCCGUUUCGAGUAUGAUCAAUGACACCGUCUCUGAUCUUCGAAGGCUGCAGCUCGUUGCUGGGAUGGGUUUCGGAGCCUUCGCCGUGGCUGUUGCGGCAUUGCGGCAGGGAGCAGCCCACGUCUGCUUCUGCAGCUUUCUGCUAUUCGAGUUUUGUGUCGGCAUCUACUUCCCGGCUGCUGGCAGUUUGAAGAGCAAGUUGGUUCCAGAGCGGCUCCGUGUCACCGUGUACAACAUGUACAGGGUUCCGAUGAACGCUGCAGUGGUCAGCCUGCUUCUCACGAACUUGAGCACGGGCCUUUGCUUCAGGUUUUGUUGCGCCCUCAUGGGCAUUCUCUUCCUGACGACGCUUGGUCUUCUCUCAGGGGACGAAGAGUCGGUGCCAGAAGGCUCAACCAAGGAGGCCAAGGCUUGCACUUGA